CCUUAACCCUUCGCGGCGCGCCGCCUCACUUCAAUUCGCCUUCGCUUUGCCUCGGGCUCUCUUCCUCCGAGCACUGACGCGGCGGCGGUGGCGCUCCGGAUCCGUUCGCCGGAAUGAUGACCGUGUGGAGGCAUAUAUGUGUCCUCGUCAUCGUCCUCAUGCUGCGCUCGCCGGCGGCCAAGGCGGGUGGCGGGAACUCGACGGCGGCGGUGGCAGCGUGCCCGCUCGACCUGAGCUACGUGGCGACGUUCCCGUGGGACCCCACGCCGUGCGUGCCGCCGGUGUCCGACCGAACCGCCUGCUGCACGACGCUCCUCUCCGUGCUUGGCGUCGGCCUCGCGGUGAGGCUCCGCGCCACGGGCCGCUUCCGGCUCCCGUCCGCGCCGGCCUCGGCCGCCUGCCUCCGCGCCUUCUCCGGCGCGCUCGCCUUGCCUCCGAUCUCGCUGCCAGAAUCCCUCACGCCCAUCUGCUUCCCGGUCCCGUCGCAGUUAGCCAUCUCCCCGGGCUACUGCGCUGGGGUCACCACCGCCGCGCAGUACGUCGCGGUUGUGGGUAACGCCUCCGUUGCCCAGCUCAACGCCUCCUGCGGCGCCGACCUCGCCUCGAUGUCGCUGUGCACCCGAUGCCUCGACGCCGGCAUCGAGGCCUCGUCUCGGCUCACCGUCGUCGCCGGUAACGGCUCCAAGUCCAAGUUUCUUAGUUGCUUCUACCUCACCGUGCUCUACGCAGCCGGCGUCUCUAGCUCCGCCGGCCCCGAAUCGCUCGCCACAGCCAAUUGCGUCCUCGGCCUCGCUCUCUCCACCCCGUUCCUGACUUCGUCUCCUACCUCCAACUCCACCAACCACAUCAACAUCGCAGUAGUCACCAUCAUCCCAAUUGCCUCCGUCCUGCUCGUCUCCCUCGUAGCUCUGCUUCUCUGGAAGAAAAGACAUGAAUGUAUCAAGAACAGGAGCAUACAAAUCUCAGAGGAGCGGCGGUUGCGCCCUCGGCCGAACACCGGCUCGGUGCUGUUCGACAUCGGCGAGCUAGCAAAGGCAACCGGCGGUUUCGCCGAGCGUAACCUCAUCGGCCGCGGCAGCUUCGGGGUUGUGUACCGCGGUGUGCUCGCGGACGGGACCGUGGUCGCCGUGAAGAAGAUGCUCGACCCGGACGUGGAGAACGGAGACGAGGAGUUCACCAACGAAGUGGAGAUCAUCAGCCUCCUCCGUCACCGGAACCUGGUGCCGCUGCGCGGGUGCUGCAUUGCCGAAGACGACGCCGACGAAGGAAAGCAGAUGUUCCUCGUGUACGACUACAUGCCGAAGGGCUCUCUGGAUCAGUACAUCUUCGAUGACAUCGAAGGCAGGCCGCGGCCGGCGUUAUCGUGGGCGCAGAGCCGGAGCGUUAUACUGGACGUGGCAAGGGGGCUUGAGUACCUGCACUACGGCGUCAAGCCGAGGAUUUACCACCGUGACAUUAAGGCGACGAACAUCCUCCUGGACGCGGACAUGCGGGCGCGCGUGGCGGACUUCAGCCUGGCCCGGCGGAGCCGCGAGGGCCAGUCGCACCUCACCACGCGCGUCGCCGGCACGCACGGCUACCUCUCGCCGGAGUACGCGCUCUACGGGCAGCUCACCGAGAAGAGUGACGUGUACAGUUUCGGCGUGCUUGUGCUCGAGGUGACGAGCGGCCGCCGCGCGCUCGACCUGUCGGACCCGUCCGGGGUCGUGCUGAUCACCGACUGGGCGUGGACGCUCGUCAAGGCCGGCCGGGCGAGGGAGGUGCUCGCCAAUGCGCUGCGGAAGGAGCACAUCACCUGCGUGGCGGCCAUGGAGAGGUUCGUGCUUGUCGGGAUCCUGUGCGCGCACGUCACGGUGGCGUGCCGUCCGACCAUGCCGGAGGCACUGAGGAUGCUGGAGGGGGACGUGGACGUGCCUGACCUGCCGGACCGGCCGCAGCCGUACGCCCAGAGGAUUGCGUUAGACGGCGCUGAGUGGUCCAUUCGUGGACUUCGGCGAUAUGCUCAGGAGAUGCACGACGUCUGAUGGAUGCGUGCAAGUUGCAAGCUGAUUGACGUUUCAGGUCGGGAACACACACACACAUAUAUAUAGAUGUAUUCACAUGCUACACUUCUGCAAGUGUUGGUUCACUGAAGUUUAGAGUGAUGUAUAAACUUCUCAUGUUGUAAAUGGAUUAUGUAUCUUGUACUGAAAUGCCAAUAGAUGUCAUUAACACAUAAUAUUACAUCAGAGUUUGUCUCA